AUGAACCAGAAUGACCCCUCGCCUGGCGGAUCGCUGUUCCAGCAAAUGUACAGUGCGCAGCAGCAACAGCAGCAGAUGCCGCCGCCGCAGGCAUACGGAGGCCAGCUUUCCCUGCAACCACCGCCUACUCCUCAGCCGCAGAAGAGCAGCCAGGGCGACGGCUAUGCACAAAACCCGUACACAGUUCCCCGAGAAGGCAUAGGUGCGCCGCCGUCAAUCUAUACCGGCUACAACUACCAGCCCCAGCAAAUGAUACCCCAGCAGUACAGCUACGCGGCGCAGCAGCAGCAGCAGCCCGCGCGCAUGCCGCCGGUGUACCAGCCGCCGGUCCAGGAUGACGACUACUACAAGGGUUUCCACGAUGGCGUUGUUCGUCCCUCUGGGCCGGUUUGGGGCAGCGCCGUCAGCUGGGUUGUACCUCUUGUGGUAAACGUGGCCUUCUUUGUCGGGCCUAUCUGGUACUUCCGGCGCAAGUACAUGCAUGCUAUGGCGAGUGCAACCGGCUCCGCUGCCGCGUCAGGGGGCAAGGGUGGUGCUGGAGGCUCGUCGAACAUGAUGAGCGGGCUCAUGGAGAUGAUGAACCCGAUGAAGCCGAAGAAUUUCCGCACCGAGGUGAAGGGGACGACGUUCAAGGAUGUUAUCGGCAUCCCUGAAGCGAAGGAGGAGCUGAAGCAGUACGUGGACUUCUUGAAGGAGCCGUCCAAGUUCACUCGCCUUGGCGCGCGGCUGCCGAAGGGGUGCCUGCUGACUGGACAGCCUGGCACCGGCAAGACGCUGCUGGCCCGCGCCGUGGCCGGUGAAGCGAGCACGCCGUUCUUUAGCUGCUCGGGCGCCGACUUCAUUGAGAUCUUUGGCGGCAGCGGCCCAAAACGUGUGCGUGAGCUCUUCGAGGAGGCGAAGAAGGCGGCUCCAUGCGUUGUGUUCAUUGACGAAAUUGACGCGAUCGGCUCGCGCAACCAGGGUGGCCGCUCGAUGGGCGGCGGCGGCAGCAGCGAGGAAAACCGCACCAUCAACCAGCUUCUCGCCGAGCUUGAUGGCUUGACAAGCAAGGAGGCGAUUGUGGUGAUUGCCGCCACAAAUUAUCCGGAGGCGAUCGACAAGGCGCUUCUGCGCGAGGGUCGCUUUGACCGUAAGGUGACCAUUCCCAUGCCGGAUCACAAGGCGCGCUGUGAGCUAUUCGAGUUCUACCUCAACCGCAUCAUCACUGGUGACCCGAACUGCAAGCCCAAGGUUCAGGUGUUCAAGACGCGCAAUGAGGCCGAGGCGGGAGGAAGCGGUGCUGCGCAGGCGUCUCCGUCGUCUACCCUGGCCAGCAGCGAGAAGGCCGCGACAGAGACGAAGGCACUGGUCACAGAGGACGCCAAACCCGAGUCGAUUAAGGUGAUCCCCGGCGUGAGCAACAAGGAGUACGCUGUCGUGCUCUCCGACCGCACCCCUGGCGUGUCGCCGGCGCAGAUUUCUACGAUCGUCAACGAAGGCGCCCUCAACGCGGCCGCGAAUGGGAAGGAGGUGGUGCCGCUGGAGGUGCUUCAGGACAGCAUCGACGACGUCCUCAUCGGCAAGAAGCACCGUCAGCGCAUGAGCAACGCAUCGCUGCACCGCACCGCCUACCACGAAGUAGGCCACUGCAUCAUGGCCUGGACGAACCCGCUGCAGAAGGACGUUAUUAAGCUGUCCAUCAUUCCUCGUGGUCGUGCCGGCGGGUACACGCAGCAGGUGCAGGACGAGGCGAUGGAGCCGCAGACGGACGAGUUUCUCUUUUCGCAGCUGUGUGUGCUUAUGGGCGGCCGCGCCGCGGAGCGAAUCUUCGAGAAGGACAUCUCGAUCGGCGCCAUGGACGACCUACAGCGUGCCACGCGCUUGGCGAUGGAGAAGCUGCUCAAGUACGGCAUGUCUAAAACAAUCGGCCAGCUCGCCUUCAAGCCAAACGAUAAGAAUGAUGGCCGCGCGUGGAUGACGUGGUCGGAGAAUCUGCACGCCAAGGUGGAGGCCGAGGCCCGCGCGCUUGUCGAGUCGGCCUAUGUGCACACAGAGAAGACCCUGUUAGCCCACAAGGAUAAGCACCAGAAGCUGGCAGAGUUGCUGCUUGGCAAAAAAGAACUGGACAAGGCGGACAUUGCUGGCAUCCUCGGCGCUCGUCCGGUGCUGAAGGCCUGA